CUCAGCAAAGGCAAAGAAAAGCUGCUCCACUUUAGCUCUUCCCUUUUCUUUCUUUCAUCUCUUCCAAAAGGAUUGAGAAGAAGCGAAGCGGGGCCGAUUUGUUAUCUCUCUGAUAAGGGCUUGGGGCUGGGGGUCCAGCAGUGGGGAGAAGCAAGGGGGCAGCAUGGAUCACAUAGGGGCUCAUCACAUUCACCAGACCCACGCUGAGCCCAUCAGCUUUGGCAUUGACCAGAUUCUCAAUAAUCCAGACCAGGGGAGUUGCAUGAUCUCCGGCCCAAGGCUGCAGGACUCAGACUAUGGCUUGGGCUGCAUUGUCAGUAGCGCCUACAACACCAUGACGGGCAAUUACAGCAACAGCGGCACCGGGGGCUAUAGCAACAGCGCCUGCAGCAUGGCAUCUCUCACCGGCUCUUACAACAUGAACAUGGGGGUCACUAUGAAUGGGAAUAACCUUAACUCUGCCGGGGUCAUUCGGGUCCCUGCACACAGACCUCUGGCUACCAGCGUACACCAGCCCAUCUCCACUGGCAUGCCAACUGUGCCCAGUGUGGGCUCUAUGAACAACAUGAACAACCUGACAGGGUUAACUUUCCCUUGGAUGGAAAGUAACAGGAGGUACACCAAGGACAGAUUCACAGUGGCCCUCUCACCCUUCACUGUAACACGCCGUAUAGGUCAUCCGUACCAGAACCGGACUCCGCCCAAGAAGAAAAAGCCCCGGACCUCAUUCACCCGGCUGCAGAUCUGCGAGUUGGAGAAGAGGUUCCACCGGCAGAAAUACUUGGCCUCGGCCGAAAGGGCAGCUCUGGCCAAAGCACUUAAAAUGACAGAUGCCCAAGUCAAAACCUGGUUCCAGAACAGAAGAACUAAAUGGAGGAGACAGACAGCAGAGGAACGGGAGGCAGAGAGGCAGCAGGCAAACAGGAUCCUCCUGCAGCUCCAACAGGAGGCUUUUCAGAAAACUAUAAACCAGCCCCUCCAGCCGGACCCCAUCUGCCUCCACAACUCUUCCCUCUAUGCCCUGCAGAACCUACAGCCUUGGUCAGACGAUAUGUCCAAAAUAACCAGCGUCACUUCAGUAGCCUCUGCCUGUGAAUGACUCAAAGGCAACUCAGCUGCACAAAAGGACUUGACAAAAUAGACUAUUUCUACAUUUUAUGCAGAAAUAAAAAAUAAAAACCACAUGAUCAGGCUCAUUAGGGAAACUGAUCCCUAAAAAGGCAGGCCUGGUCGUAUAACUCCCCUUCUCCGUUUGGGAUCGAAGACUGUGGCGCAAUCAGAUCUGCCAGAGAGAAGCUGGUCUGUGAGCAAACACAGCGCUGGGCGCAAUGAAGGAAUCGUCGGACCGCUAGUUCUGGUUUCCUAUCCUGCAAGUCUGAGUUCAGUCUAAAGACAGUUAUAUUUAUGAUGAGAUUAUUUCAGGAGAAUGGUUCACAGCCAUCCCGGACGCACAGAAAGCAAAUAUAUUAUUUUGAAAGAACAUUAGAAAUGGUAUUUAUAAACUUUGCCACAGCAGCAUUUCAUUAUGGAAACGGUGGAGUUACAUUCACCAAACCUCUUUUCUGUAAAACAAAAUUUGUCAUCAAGGGACAAAGACUUUACAUUCAAACACAGGCAUUUGGUUAAAAUUUCAUGUAAUUGCACCUGCUCAGAUACAGUAUUUUCUUACUUGAACACAGACACACACUGCCCCUAUAGUACCUUAGAAAAGGGGAAUUUAUCUACAUUUGAAGCACUUCUCUAGCAAUUUCAAUUAUUUCCUCCUUUCUAUGGCAAAUACUCAUGCUAGCUCAGUAACUCUGAAUUAUGAAUUUCUCACAGCAUUUUUCUUAUAUUUAACCAUAACUGUACUUUAAAAGCCUUGAAAGCGUGUGCAUUAGUGAACCUAUAUUCCAUACUUUUAGAAAGGCAUUGUGUAAGAGGCCAUCUUUCUUCUAGUCCCACCCACAACAGAACAAAUGUGAAUUAAACACAAAACUAGCCCUGACAGACAGUUGAAUUGACAGUUUCCAGUAAUUUUAGAAGAAAAAUUGGCAAAUUUAGAUAUUUGACCCCCAGUCAAUCAAUAGGAGGCCAGGGAGGAAAAGUAUUACUGCCUCAUUACCCUGGAAACAUUUGUUUAAGCCCUAACAGGACCCUUUCUGAGGCAUCCUGUUGCUACUCUUGGUGCUAGUUAACUUGAGUACUGGGCUUUUUAGGGGAAUGGGUUACAAGUUACUAAUGGCCUCCUGUACAGUGUAUUCAUUGCUUAGAGUCAGUGUCGGACUGGCCCACCAGGAUACCAGGAAAACUCCCGGUGGGCCCAGGGGUCAGUGUGCCCUCCAGCUCUUAACCAUUUAGCCUACUUCAUGGACAUUCCCUAUUUAUGAAUGGGAACAAAGAGGAGAAAUAGAUGGAAGAAUAGAUGCUAGCAUGUAAUUAAAAAUAAUAGAAUAAAGAGGUUGGGUGAGGAAAGGAGGAAAAAUAAUUUGGAGAGUGGGCCUAUGGUCUAAGAUUUUCUGGUGGGCCACUGGGGUUCCAGUCCGACACUGCUUAGAGUUGAGACCCACUUCCAAUUAUACCUAGAGCUAUGCAAUAUAUAUUUCAGACUUGUAAGUUUUAUGUUCACAGCUUUCUGCUCCCACAUCCUACUCCAAACCAUGCCCCUUUCUAUUGGGCACCAAGGGACUAAGGAACUCAGCCAACGAGGGUGCACACAGCACAGCUGCCGGCUUAGCCCAUUUAUGCAUGGUUGUACUGGGAUUCAAAAUAGGCCCUGGAAUAUCAAGUACACAGAGGCCCAAACAGCCCCCACCAGCCCAAUAAAUAGUGACUGUCUAUGGCAUCUUACAGCAGCCCCUCUGGCAUUUUCUAAAAUCCACAGAUUGCCAAUCUGGGCCUGUCAUGGCAGAUGCCCACCGCAAUGUUCCCUCUAUGCUGUAAGCUUGUGCCCGUGCACACAAAUUUUUAGGCCAGUGCACACAACUAAUUGUGGUGCACAAAAAGAAUUUUUAAAGAUUUUGUAUUUAUUCUGUCCUGAGAAAAUAGUCUUUAAAAGAAGCGCGCACAAGUUAAAAAUGUGUGUACAAAAUAUUUUUUUGUGCACAUAGUGAAAAAUGAAGUAGAGGGAACAUUAAUGCCCAGAGGUCAGUGUGGGGAGCAGGCAGCAGUUGAACAUUGAAUAGAACUGGUUUGCUAUUGGAAGCACAUGUAACUCUAUGUAAUGUGUAGUUUACAUAUAGGAAUAUAGUUUUCAGUCAUUUAUAAACAUGAUUAUUUUAAAGAAUGGCAAGGUUCUCUAAUGCACACUUUAACAUGAAAUAUAUACAGAAGUGUUUCAAGCAAAGUUUGGUUGCUGUAAGGGUUAUGGCACACAAGGAAUUUUGAGCACUAUGAUGUGAGAGAGAACUGCAGUGAUUAAGCUCCUUUGCAUGUUCCUUUGCAAUACUAACCCAGUGAUAUUGCUUUGUGCCAUAGGAAGACUGGUUCAAAGAGCUAGUAGCAGGUAAGGGAGGUCUGAGGUUCCCACAAGGUCCAAACAAUGAAAAUGUAGAAAUAUGUAGUGGGGAAAAACUGUUUUUAAUGUUGACAGGGCUGAGAACAAAGUAGCAUGAAUAGAACUCCUUAGGGCAGUGCUGUCCAACUUCUGUGGUACCGAGGGCCGGAAUUUUUCUUGC